AUGGAAGCUUUGCGCCUUCCUUCGUCACCGCUGGACCACCUUGAGAUUGGAGUCUGGCGGCAACUUCGCCAAGCCAGCUCGCCUUGCUAUGUACUGGCGCUGUUUUUGGAAAUGGGCCAAGGCAUAGGACCUGUUGGUGACACGUCUUUUUUCCGCGGGCUCGCCAAGGAACUGGCCGAUUGCCAUGUCACAGAUAUUGCGAAGCGUUUGGCUGCUCGUUGUCGGAGGGUUCCUCUUGACUAUCGUGACUAUUUGGGCGGAGCGGACCCCGAUGGUCGUUACAAAAAACUGGUUUCCUCGAUAGCCGCCCAGGCCGGCUUCUCAUUGGCACGGCAGAAGAAGCACACAAUCUUGAAGCGAGUUGUCGAUCACGAAGGUACUCGUCACCAGCAAACCCUUACAGCUUGGAAAACACCUUCUAAUCGACAGGAGACCAAGCGGUUAGAAGCUAGAGUGCGGAGAAUGGAUGACCCCGAGCGCUUCGAUGCGGACAAGCUACGGGCCAUGGCUGCACGGGUUGGCCGCAGCGCGAAUGGUGCAACUGUCACGUCUCCGAUCCCGCCGGUCGCUGGGAGGAGGGCCCGUGCUAAGCCGAGGCAUCGAGAUUUCCAGCGGGCCAGCACGCCAGACCGUGCGGGUCAGUCGGCGGACACCUUUGCAGACGUGCGAGAUCCCGGACACCAAAGCUCAGUUUGCAGCGAUGCAUUGCAGUGCUUGCCGACCUCGCAUGUGUUGCCCUCGCGUGUUGGUGCUGUGCCAACUUCUACUCGAGUUUUGCCGAAGCGGAGGAGAGCUCGCCGCUCCGUGGACGUCUGGGUUUUCGCGCACCGGCAGAGUGAUGGCACUCACGCAAUCGCUGCAGUGCACGAAGAGGCUCUUUCGCCGCAAGUGGGUCGCCUUGCCUCGAUCAAGUCGGAGGCCACGCCGACCGACUCCGCAGCGGCCAGCGUGCAGCCGUCUCCUAGACGCAAGGAGAGCGCCAGCUCUGCGUCAGCUGGGCCUAGUGUGCCGCCGUCGCCGGCAGCGCAACCAACCUCCAAGUCGCAGGCAGCGCCAUCCCCGAGUUCAAGCCCAUUUGGGUCAAUAAAGUCCCAGGUGCCACCGUCGCCGGCAGCAGGACCAACUUCCAAGUCGCAGGCAGCGCCAUCUCCGAGUUCAAGCCCAUUUGGAUCAAUAAAGUCCCAGGUGCCACCGUCGCCGGCAGCCGGACCAGCAGAUGCGUCAAGGUCGCAGGCAGCACAGUCGCCCAGCGCUGCUCCAUUUGGUUCUGUCAGUUCACAGGUGUUGCCGUCGCCAGCAUCCGGACCAGUGGAUGCGUCCAAGUCGCAGGCUUCCCUUUCUCCAGCAGUUGGACCUCAAGAUUCCGCAAGGUCGCAGGCCUUGCCAUCUCCUGGCGGCGCUUUUGGAUCAAGUCUUCCAUCAAAGGCUACCCUUUCUCCAGCGGUUGGACCUCAAGAUUCCUCAAGGUCACAGGCCUUGCCAUCUCCUGGCGGCUCCUUUGGAUCAAGUCUUCCAGCAAAGGCACCUGCAUCCCCGGCAGCUGGAUCUUCAACAUCCCAGGCAGCACAGUCUCCGGCGGCCGGCCCCUCCGUACCCAUGACUUCGCAGGGUCCACCCUCGGCAUCCCCGGCUGGGGGAGCUUCUGGGCAGGCAGCUGAUCCCUGGCAGUCGCUCCGGUCAUGGAUGGGCGAUCCCUUCGGAGUCAACGCAACCCAGACAGGAACGGACUCGUGGCCGGCAGCGCAGGCCUCGUCGCCCGGAGUCGGCAAACGGAACAGCCUCUCGGGCAAAUCGCCUGCAGCAGCUUCCCCACGCUUCGACGCCUGGCCCAAAGCCGUGGGCGACACGGAGCCUGCAUGGCCUGAUGCGUCAGCCUCUCCAGUGCAGGCGAUUGCCCAGCAGUCACCUGCAGGUGGAAAGUCAGCGACCUCCACCGCUUCUGUCCGCCUGCGGCGAGAGCAGGAAGCGGCCAAGCGACAGCUGACCAGUGCAAUGAGCAGCUCCCAGCCGGACUUGCACUUCUUGGCUACGGCGGUGCACGGCGCCAAGUCCUGCGGACUGGAUGAGGCGGAGCCUGACCUGGUUCAGGAGGCAGAGCGCAAGCUUGAGGAGGCGCACCGGGGGGCAUCCCAAGCUGAGCUACGCGAGUCCCUGAGAGCCGCGACGUCUGUGGUGUCAGCACGCCUCAACACACAGGAUCCCAUGCUGGGAGAGGAAACGGCCAGGCUACGCUCGGUACUGACGGAGGCUCGCGAAGCGGGCUUCAGCCCAGCAGAGCUCGUCCAGGCCGAGCAGACGCUCUUCAAGGCAUCGCAGUUCCAGCAGGAGCAGGCUGCACAGGUGGCUGCAGACAGCGUUCCGCAGACAUCACCGUUUGCAGCAAGGCAAGCCACCCCGGCUGCUUCGCCAAAGCCGUCACUGCAGGCUUCACCGGCCAGGGUGCCCGCCUCACCAGCAGCCUCACCGGCAGCCUCGCUGGUGGCCUCGCCAGCUGCCCUGCCUGCCCCGACAAGCCCGUCAGUGCCCGAAGCCGAGCAGAAGGCCAUGCAGGACAAGGUGUCGAAGCUGCUGCAAACGCUUUUGGCAGGUGGCAGUGCGCCGGAGUCCCUGCGGAAGGCGGCCGAGGUGGCGGCUGCUGCAGGCCUCGCACCCGAGAUCUGUGCUUACGCGCGGACAGCCGCCGAGAGCCGAAGCAUCGCCCACGAGAAGGCUGUGGCUGCGCUGGCUUCUGGGAGCCUUGACGCCGUUCGACAAGCCAAGAUCGACGUGGAGCUGGCUGGUGGGCCCAACUCGGAUCUCCGGCAGCUGGUGCAGGUCUUGGAGAUGCAGCGGGCCCCCAGCUCGUCUCCUGCCCUGGGCCCCGCAGGUUUCCGUCCACAGCUGGACGUGGCAGAGAUGCGACAACGGGAAGAGCCUCCGCCUCAGAUGACACGCACAAAUCGAGAAGUGUACCAAGUUUUUUCUCCUACUAAAGUUGAUACGCCCUUGGCGAGCUUCACAUACGUGGUGGACACUCCAACCUGGACGGCUGGCGUCUACCCUAGCUACGAAUGGGAAAACUUCACCAUAAAAGUGUACCGACAUCUGCAACAUCGAAAUGUGGCGGUCCAGCCCAACUGGGACCGGCAAGACGACAGGAUUCGGCAUGACGAUCUUGAGGUACUACAAGCGGUUGUUAUGGCUGCUCCCGACUCGUCAGGAGGGCCAUUACACCCUCACCUACGGAUUCUUGCACUGUUCGACAACCAGUAUGACCUCCUGGACGGGACCCUGGUUGUGCUUGAUGAAUUCCAUGAAGUGGAACCAAGCAUAGCCUUCGUGGCUGCGCACUUGCCUGCAAAGGUGCAUAAAGUACUCGUGAGCGCCACGCCGUCAGCACGUAUUGCUCGACUGUGCGAGGCGGAACCUCAAGAUUACUACAACACUGGUUUCGCUCCUCCUUACACGAUCCGGCAUGUACGCUGGUAUGGGCUGAGCGUCACCCAGGCACUUGCAACUCUGCUCUAUGACCGGAGCAAUGCCGACUCGUCGGAUGGCAGAGAAAGAUGCAGACACCGUGGAGCUUGA